UCUUUUUUCCAUUUCCCAGCGAUCAUCUCUUAUAUUUUCUGCGAUCUUUUCUAUUUUCCCAGCGAUCAGUUUAAAUGCAUGCUAAAUUUUACUAGCUUUCUGUUGAACUAGUUGUGGUAUUAAACUGGUACUGACAGAAGCUUUGAACCAUUAGCCGAAAGCCAUUUUUGUAGUUGAGACUUCACAAGAAAAUAAUUAUGGCGGCGACCAGCUUAACGAAACGAAAUUCGAUAAUAAUUUUAAUUUUUUACAUUGGAAUGAUAAUAGUUUCCUCCUACGGAAUUUAUGUUCUUGGAAAUACUUGGCAAGUACAUGAUUACCCUAACAUUGAAUCUUACCAUUGCACCUGUUUGACUGAAACUGAGUACCAAUGCUUCCAAGAAGCUACCCGAAUUGGAAAGUCGAUGUAUAGUAUCAAGUGUAACUUGAAGGACGAGCAUGGAGAAGAUAAAUCAUCGAAAUUUGAAUUUUGUGACUGCGGAUCACGUGGAACGAAUAGAUGUUAUCACCCCAAAUGCUACCUGAUCGAACGUCCAGUUGAAAUGCCAGAUAGAUGUGACGACGAAAAAUGCAAUGCUUUUACUGGACUGCGCAUGUGGACGUUAGCAGCUCAAUCAGGAAUGGUCAUCGGUGCUGUGGCCGUCAUCCUUGUGUUCUUUUCGAUUUACAAGGCUAUAAGGCUCUCUGAGACGAACGUCGACAUUAUGGGAUUUUACACACUCAAUGUGGUAGCCCUUAUUCCACCUGUUUUCAUACUGAUUUCAUUAUUAGCGACAGACGUUCAGACACGCUACGCAAGUUAUGAGUUGGACGCAUGGGCGUGGACAUUUGCAGCUGGGACCGGUGUCCCAUUGUGUGCAGGAUUGACUUUCGCUGUGGUACGAAAAUGUUUCAAAGCUAAAAAUCAUUCAUAUGAAGCAACAUACAAUCGAUAGAAACUUCAAUGGGAGUAAUCUUCCAAAAACUAAAUGUUAACUUUGAUUUUCGUCUGUGUCGAGAUAUUUUGCCUGCCUACACAUCGACACAUCAUUACUAUAGCCUACACUAACUGUGCAUAAUUUUUAAAUUGCAUUAAAACAAGAAUGAUCUUGAACUCUUAAA